UGUUCUUAUACCUUGGAAGCAAGUUUUUUUUUUCUUUUUUUUUUCUCUCAUCUUGCAUCCAUCCUCCUUAGUACCGCCGGCAUUCAUUUUUGACAUUCCUUGCGUCCCUUUCUGAUACCACUCGCAUCAGCACCAGCGUUUUCCUUUGAUACUAGUAAUUUAUGUAGACACCCCCUGUAAUGCCAGACGAUUAUAUUGUGGAGAUUCCUGAGGGCACCUCCAACAUUCAACCAAAGACACUGGAGCCCACAUCAAAUACGAGUGACACUGUGCAGGUCAAUAGCCAGGAGAGUGUGAUUGCAAACAGCACAAAUGACUCGGUGUCGCAGCUAGAUAAGACCGCGGAUAUCCAUAACCUUCAGCAAGGAAGUCUCCAAGAAAAGACUCCUAUAACUGAGAGCGAGCCCUCAUUAAAGGUCUACUUCAAGCAGGACGAAACCAAAUUUUCUGCAGACGAGUCCGUAUUCAUCGGCACGAAAGAGCAGCAGCCGCCUGUUCGAAUAAAUGCGUCCCACCGAUUCGCUCGUUGGGAUGGCAACACGAAAGGAUUGAAGGCUGGAAUCUACAACAUCGUUCUUGGACUUUCGACGGCGAAUCUAAAUAUGGAAUGUAUCGAAUCCAUCGCCUUCUGUUACAGUCAUGAUUCACAUUUCUAUAGCCCACUCGAGAUUGCGACAAGACAGGAACUCGAGAGAUUGUGUAGGUCGACGCUAUAGGACACCACGAAACGGGAGGAGUCAGGCGAAUUUAGGUUGCAUGCUCAUGAAUGAAUUCUUGCUGUUUGAAUAGCGAAUCGU